AUGGCAGAAGGCUUCCGACACCCGCCAGCAGCUGAGUUCAUCAUCAUGUUACGCGCUAGAGGCGAAGAAUUUCACGUGCUGCACGAAGGUCGUCUAGACAAUCGUGGCUGGGGCCUUAUGCACCGCGCGGCGAUCUUCGCCGACCCAGCGGACCUGCAACUGCUGAUGGACUAUGGCGUCGACGCCUUUGAGUCCCUUCUUGAAAUUGCCUGGAAGCCACUGCAUAUUGUGGCCAAGUAUGGCAAUCACGAAAAUUUUUCCAUCCUGUUCCGAGCGUACGAAAAAAGAUUCGGCUCUGCAGCACUUGAGCUCCCAGAUUCCCGGGGCUGGACUCCAUUGCAUCUGGCGUCUUCGAAUGGCCAUGUCGAGCUUGUUCGGAUCCUGUUGGAUCUGGGUGCCGACCGAAAGACUCGAACGAAUCCGGUCAACGACAGAAACAUGCCGGAGAGCAUUCAAGGCAAGAGAUGCUCGCCUCAGGAGUUGGCUUGGGCGUUUGGUGAGUCGCGCGGUCAAGCUUUUGAUGAUGUCGCCGCCACCAUUCCCGAAGAUGAAUGGACUGACGCCCCUGAAUAUCCGGACCACAAUCUCCACGUCAAACCUGCCAGACUUCCUGCGCCGUUGCCGAAAGAGAUGGUGAAGAGUAUGGUCGCCUUCCUUCGCCGGUGCCGCCUAUCUCGCCGAAUGCCCAAUUAA